CGUCGUCGGCAGAAUUGUAAGAAUCCACUUAAGUACUACUCACCCGCUACGGGCGUCCCAUAACACGAACGAAACACGACAUACUCGUUAACUAUUACACCCGAUAGCCAGUGAGUUUCCAACGCCUGAUUCGGACACGAUGAGCUCUGCAGACAUACUUAUGGUCGGUGCUGGCCCAAGCGGCGUUACUCUCGCCCUGGCUCUGGCACAGAACGGGGUUUCCGUUCGCAUCAUCGAGAAGCUUGCUCAGAUCCCCGACAGCCAGCGUGGCGCAGGUUCUCAACCUCGGACCAUGGAGAUCUACAAGUUUCUUGGAGUAAUCGAUGACAUCUUAGACGGUGGCAGACCCUCACUCAAGGUGAAACAGCAUGAUAGCGAAGGCAACUACAUCAAGACUUUCGAUUUUACGACUGGAGACACGUCGCCCACUCCAGCCAACCCCUUUAGACAGCCUUUUUUUGUGGGGCAAGAGGUCGUCGGUCGCAUCAUGAGAGAACACCUCAAGAAACGCGGUGUAUUCGUUGAAUUCUCUUCCGAGCUCGUCUCUCUGCAAGAUCAAGAAAAGUAUGUCCAAGUGGGCAUCAAGAAGGCAGGUGGUGCUAUCGAGACGGCAGAAUUCAAGUAUGUUGUCGGGUCAGACGGGGCGAGAGGCUUUGUCCGAAAGUCCAUAGGCCUAUCGCUCCUCGGAGAAACGAGAGACACUACCGAAUGGCUAAUAGGCGACUUGGAAAUACGCGGCGUGGACGACUUGAAGGAGUACAUGAACGUAUACGGCCAUGCACCGGGAAACAUGGUAUCGAUUGCACCGACAAAGCGAGCACUGACAGAGAACGUGUUCUACACGGUGCUGAUGGGACCUGACCUGGACAUUGCGAAGGCAUUGGAAGAUCCCAGAAUCAUAUUCAACUUCAUUCGCAAUAUCACGAAGAAGCCUGAGCUCGAGUUUGGUGAGAUCAAGAGUCUUUCGAACUACAGACCCAAUAAUACGCGCGUGGUAAACACUUUCGGAAAAGGUCAUGUGUUCGUAACUGGAGAUGCUGCCCAUGUCCAUAGUCCGGCUGGCGGACAAGGUCUCAAUUCCGGGAUUAUGGAUUCAAUAAAUCUCGCAUGGAAACUUGCUCUCGUCACCAAAGGCCUCGCGCCUGUCUCAUUACUUGACACAUAUACCGAGGAACGCCUUCCUGUCAUCAAGGACAUGCUCGUGCGGACUGAUGGCCUCCUCAGGAAGGCCCUCUCCCAAAACGAAGAGAGAUUCUCUCGACCACCCGUCUUCAACAUGUUAGGCGUCAACUAUUGUUUUAGCUCUAUCGUCUUGGACGAAUUCCAUCGCAUAGAGGAUGCGAAGGGCUUGGCGGCCAGUGCCUACGAAGUUGACGACAUUCUGAGGGCUGGCGCGAGGGCACCCGAUGCGCCCAAGUUGAUCACUAUUCCCGAGAUAGAUCACGGCGAGAUGGCGCUCUUCGACAUUUUCCGCCCCUUUGUCCACACCGUUCUCAUCUUCCCUGCAUCCGACGCUCACGUCGAUACAUCCUCUGUCAUCACGGCUCUUGCCAAGUAUCCGCAGGGUUCAGUGUCUUCUGUGAUCGUCCUUCCACAAUAUUCAUCAGUCUCGGCACUCGACGGGAUAUCUUCCGGUCUGGUUUUGAGGGAUGAAGACGGACAUGCAUAUAAAGCGUAUGGGGUAGAAGUCGGUCAGGCUAAAAUUGUUAUUGUUCGCCCGGAUGGGUGGAUCGGGGCUAUCGUUCGUGGCGUCGGGGGUGUGGAGAAAUAUUUCUCUGCGAUUAUGGCUGCAUGAGAAGAGAAAAGGUCUUGUGUAUUCAUGCCGUUCUCGAACCACUUGUUACCGGUAUGUUCCAUGCCAAAUAUAUGUUGUCACUAG